AUGCACUGUCCAGUGCCAGCUGCACCGCCACCGCCUGCCUGCUCUUCUCCCACAGGGGUCCUGGCCGUUCUCUGCGUUCUCACAUGUCUCUACUCACACGGACACCCAGGUGAGCCCAGGAGGGACAGGGAUGCUCAGAGCGGGGUGCGGCUCCCAGAGAACCCAGGUGGGACCUCCUGUCGUCUUGCUAGGGCCUCACCAACUGUGUCUCCUCUAGUGGCCCCCGGGGACACUCACCUGAUGCUGUGCCAGCCCCACACCAGAUGUGGGGACAAGUUCUAUGACCCCCUGCAGUACUGUUGCUAUGACGACGCUGUGGUGCCCUUGGGCAGGAGCCGACGGUGUGGCAACUGCACCUUCAGAGUCUGCUUCGAGCAGUGCUGCCCCUGGUCACCGGGACCCCGGAAGUCUUUCCUGGUGAAACUGAGAAGCCAGAAGUGCUCCUCGGCCCAAACCUCGGAUGACAGAGUUUGUGACAGGUGAGGUCCCGUUCCCGCCAGGGAUGAGGGUGGAGGGAGGACCCUGGGGUCUCCUGAGACCUGGGGUGUGCGGGGUGUGUAUGGGGACAGGCAAGACUCAGACUCAA